GGAGGGGAAAGAGAUGGCGCGGCCGGAAGUGACGCAGGGCCGUUGUUUUGUUGCUGCUUGGCUGACAGGAGGCGCCUGAGGCCGCCGCCGCGGGCUUUGGUGUCGCCCCCGUGACCCAGAUGGACCAGUCGUCUCCAGCCUACAUGCUUGCCAACUUAACCCACUUGCAUUCUGAACAGCUUUUGCAGGGCUUGAAUCUUCUUCGCCAACAUCACGAGCUCUGUGACAUUAUCCUGAGAGUUGGCGAUGUCAAGAUCCAUGCCCACAAAGUGGUGCUUGCCAGCAUCAGCCCAUAUUUCAAAGCCAUGUUCACUGGAAAUCUUUCAGAGAAGGAGAACUCUGAGGUCGAGUUCCAGUACAUCGAUGAGGCAGCACUGCAGGCCAUAGUUGAGUAUGCGUACACGGGAACUGUAUUCAUCUCGCAGGACACUGUUGAGUCGCUUCUUCCAGCUGCAAAUCUUCUCCAGAUCAAACUUGUACUGAAGGAAUGCUGCACAUUUCUUGAAAGCCAGCUUGAUCCUGGCAAUUGCAUUGGGAUUUCUCGUUUUGCAGAGACGUACGGCUGCCAUGACCUCUACUUGGCUGCUAACAAAUACAUUUGUCAAAACUUUGAAGAUGUUUGUCAGACUGAAGAGUUUUUUGAGCUGACACAUUCUGAAUUAGAUGAAAUUGUUUCCAAUGACUGUUUGAACGUUGUCACAGAAGAGACGGUCUUUUACGCACUAGAAUCUUGGAUCAAGUACGAUGUGCAGGAACGGCAGAAAUACUUAGCACAGCUUCUACACUCUGUCCGAUUACCACUGCUGAGCGUUAAGUUUCUUACUAGAUUGUAUGAAGCAAACCAUCUUAUUCGAGAUGACCAUACUUGUAAACAUCUACUAAAUGAAGCCCUGAAAUACCAUUUCAUGCCUGAACACAGACUUUCCCAUCAGACUGUGCUGAUGACAAGGCCUCGUUGUGCUCCUAAAGUUCUUUGUGCUGUAGGAGGAAAAGCUGGACUGUUUGCGUGCUUGGAGAGUGUUGAAAUGUAUUUUCCCCAGAAUGACUCCUGGAUUGGUCUAGCACCUCUUAGCAUUCCCCGCUAUGAAUUUGGAAUAUGUGUCUUGGACCAGAAAGUAUAUGUGGUAGGAGGGAUUGCAACCCAUGUGUGUCAAGGCAUCAAUUACCGAAAACAUGAAAAUUCAGUGGAAUGCUGGGAUCCUGAUACAAAUACCUGGACGUCUCUCAAAAGAAUGAAUGAGAGCCGCAGUACUCUUGGAGUAGUCGUUCUAGCAGGAGAACUGUAUGCCUUGGGUGGCUAUGAUGGGCAGACAUAUUUACAGUCAGUAGAGAAAUACAUUCCAAAGGUUAAGGAAUGGCAGCCAGUUGCACCAAUGAAUAAAACAAGAAGUUGUUUUGCUGCAGCUGUCUUGGAUGGAAUGAUAUAUGCCAUUGGUGGCUAUGGUCCUGCCCACAUGAACAGCAUGGAACGUUAUGAUCCGAGUAAAGACUCGUGGGACACAGUAGCUUCAAUGGCUGAUAAAAGAAUAAACUUUGGUGUUGGCGUCAUGCUGGGCUUCAUUUUUGUAGUAGGUGGACACAAUGGUGUGUCCCACGUGUCGAGCAUUGAAAGAUACGACCCUCAUCAAAAUCAGUGGACGGUGUGUAGAUCCAUGAAGGAACCCAGAACAGGAGUUGGUGCAGCUGUCAUUGAUAACUACCUGUAUGUAGUCGGAGGUCACUCAGGGUCAUCCUAUCUGAACACCGUACAAAAAUAUGACCCUAUCUCAGAUUCGUGGCUGGACUCCGCUGGUAUGAUGUAUUGUCGAUGUAAUUUUGGUUUGACUGCACUUUGAAAACUUAACACUCUUGCAAACCUAAUGUGAAGAUGGAACUUAACCUGCCUGAAAAGAUGGCCAAUCAAUGGGAGACCAUAAGCUGCAUUUUCUGGAGUCGGAGGGACAGGGUGAAACUUGAUUAGAAUGGCGCUGGAUGUGUUUUCUUCUGGAAGCUGGCCUUGGUUGUUGUUAUUUUCAUAAAGCAACAUGAAUGGAAGACUUGCUGCUGACUGGGGCAUGGACUGCAUCCUGGGACUGGCCUGAAAUAGCUAGUCUUGAUCAAAGGAGGACUGUACAUGCCUAGGCUAGGUUAGGGAAUCUGUUGUGUAUCUAAUCCUUUCCCUGUUCUUAGAGCUUUUACCUCUUCCUCCUUCCUACUAUGAAACAUGCAGUUUACUGUGCUAGGAAUGAGAGCAAUUUGAGUGUGUUGUAUGAUUGGACUAUUUGAUACUUGUCUGGCUGUGUCUUCAUAUUGAGAAAUGCCAGUGCUUCACAAUUUUUUUAUGAACAGUAACUAAAGGGCUGCCUUGUUUCUGUAUCUCAAGGUUUGUAAAUAAUAAAUGCCAUAAAAUGUUGCCUGUACACUCACCUUUGUUACCUGCAUAAUGGGUUUGGGGCUGGGAAUAGUAAUUGGUGACUACUUAAUACAUUUACAAGGCAAAUUUAAUGCCUUUUAUUAUAUUUUUGAAUCUGUUAAAAAGAAACCAACUAACUUUUUAACCCCCUUUCUCCAUCUUUUUGCUGUGGACAGACGAAUGCUAGGCUAAAUUACUCACCUGGUCUGUUGUGUUUUUUGUAAUUGUGUAAUGCAAAGACAAGUUUAAAUAGUUAAUUCAUUAACAGUGUCUCUUGGUUUUCUUGAAUAGCACAACAGAGUUCACAGCAUGGGUGUAAAUAUUUAAGAGACUUGUCCAUUCCUUCCUUUGUCCUGAUAUAUUUAUGUCCAUAUUCCUUAUCACUUUUUAUUUUUUUAAGAAUAUAUGGUUGCUUAUUCAGAGUGUUCAGAUAUAAAAAUGGUGCUAACGUAGGAUUUUACAAUAAGGCUGUUACCAAUUUAGUGCUGUAUGCAUAAAGCAUGAUUUCAUUUUGAUUGCCCCAAUGUUUUUAUUUCUUAUUUGCUUGAUUCAUUCGUGCCUAUGAGAAAUGUCAACAAUAACUCUCUUAGCGUACUCUACAUUUGCUACUUUUUUUCAGAAGAGCUAGUUUAAUGUUCCUGUUUUCAUAACAUUUCUGAAUAUGGAUUGAAUAUUAAGAGGGCACUUCUGCCUCACAAGUCUUGCCUUUAAAAUAAAUGGUGUUUGAAUGAAAAGCACUGGGCAUAGUGUUUAAUACUAUGCACAUAUCCUGUGUAACGUAUAGAAGAUCUGUUCCUGUGAUGAACCAGAACUAAAGAGGUCUGCUUCAGUGACAGCCCUAAAUUUAGUUACAUUUUUGGAUUGAUGGUUCAAGUACAGUUUGUGCUGUUUAAAACAGGGGACUGAAUAAAUAUGAUUUUAGGUUGUUAUAGCAUGUUUUACUAAAGGUUUUUCUGAUUUAAGCAAGGAAUCAUGCUAUUGCAAAAUGCCACAGUCAACACUUGUAUUUGCCAGUUCUGGUACUUGGCAAGUUUUUUUGCUCCUGGAAUUAUCACUCACCCAUUUCAGCAUAAUAAUCCAGUGUCUGUUUUCCCCUCACUCUCUGAAAACCCAUAGGCUAUUACUUUUGAAAGUGCAAUAAUGCUUGAAAAAGGUUGUUUUUAAAGAAGCCAUUUAUUUAUAAAUACAUAAUGUGAGGUUUCUGGGCAUACUUAAUUUAUUCUGAGUUCCUGUAAAACUAAUUGCAGCCAGGCAAACUGCAGUUAUCCUUGUUCUUCCAUAAGCUAACAUUCAGAUUUAAAUAACAAGAGAACUGUGUCUUUAACCAUAAGAACAUUAAUCCUACUUUACAAAUGUUUGCACAAAUUUAUGAAAUCCUGCCAAUAUUCUUCAGACUCGGUAGAA